AUGCGAUUCUAUAUAACGACCCAUUUGCCGCCGCCGCCGCCCCUUCUGCCGGCCAUCCUGCUCGCUCUGCUCUGCCUGGGGACACGCCCCCCGCCCACCGAGGCUGUUCGGGGCGGGGCACCCGUCGUGGUCGCCGAUGACGAUGACGAAACCAUGGAGUACGCCCCGCAAUAUGAGCAUCCGGGCUAUGCCUUCAGCUACGGGGUCAAGGACCUCCACACGGGGGAUGUGAAGUCCCAGUGGGAGUCCCGCGACGAGGACGGGGUCAAGGGUCACUACAGCAUAUUGGAGCCAGAUGGCUCCAUACGAACGGUUCACUAUACGGCCGAUGCCAAGAAGGGGUUUAAUGCGAUUGUCAAGACAGUGGGCGCCAAUUCGCAUCCGAUCACAGAGACCCCGGAGGGCAGCAACCACGUGAACGAUGACACCUCGCAGUCGAAGAUCAACCACUACAGCAAGGACCAGGAGCACAUUGUCCUGAGCUCGGACAUCAAGCCGCUGAAGAAGCCCAUCGAGGAUCUGACCCACUCGCACCCGAAGAUCCCCAGCUUGAUCGAGAUCAAGCCGCAUGCUAGGAUCAAGCAGGUGCCCAUGGACGUGGAUCCGGGGAUCAGGGAACGUCUGCAGCAGGCCAGGGACACCUACUAUAAGCAGAUAGCCGCUGCCCAUAAGUUGGAGGACUAUUCGCAGAAGCUGCAGCCCACCUAUGCGGUGCAAGAGGGCGACUGGAAGGCGGUGAUCGUGAAUGAGCCCAAGGAGUAUCGACCCCACUACACCACAGGGUCGCCUGCUCACCUCCACCACGGCUACUACGACCACUAUAAGCCCAAGGAGAUUCCCCACAACUAUAUACACAAGCCCUCCGUACCGCAGCAGUCCCUCCACACAAGUUUCUCCCCCUCAAAGCCCAGAGUUAGUAUCCCCGAAGGCCUCUCCAAUCACAUCCACCAGAAGAAGGUGGUCCACACCACACCAGGCUUGAAGCACUAUAAGUACAAGGGGGUGUCCAAGUCCUACUCGCGACCCGAUUACUCCAGUUACUUCCACCGCAAGCCCAAGAAGCUGCGCCCCCUGCACCCCAAGCCGAAGCCUCGUGUCAAGAGACCCGAAGGUUCUGGUCCCGUCCUCUUUCCGAAGAUCCUGGAGGAGGAGUUCGAGGACUAUGAUGAGGACGAGCAGGGGGCGGCGUCGGCCACUCUGGUCCAGAACAUGGUGCGCAAGGACAAGAAGCACAUGGUUCCCAUGUACGCGGGCGGACAUAACUUCGAUUCGGGCAGCUACCGCACCUUGGAGGGUGUCUAG